AUGGGCGAGCGUGUGAAUAUCUGCGACUUGUACCGCUCCUACUGCGUUGAUGAGGGUUGCCGCGCCAACUCUGCGGUGCUGCAGUACAUUGAGGACCGUGGGGCGAUGCACUCACUCGAGCAAUUACUCCUCGGCAACAAUUAUUUGGGCCCGCGAGGUCUGCGGCCGGUUAUUCGCCUCGUGGCGUACUGCCAAACACUCACGCGGCUCAAUCUUGAUGGUAAUGGCGCCAAUAACGAUACGGUGGAACAACUCUGUAUCGUGUUGGAGUCUCACAUGGGCGUGCAGUCAGUGAGUCUUCGCAGCAAUCCAAUUACGGCAACAGGGGGAAAGCGAAUACUGCGGCUGGUGGAGUGCAAUCCACGCAUUACUUUUGUGGAUCUCACAGACACGGAUGUGUUUGAAGCGAUUAUAUAUAAAAUAGGUGUCGUUACAGGAAACAACCGGCGGAGGGCAAUGGAAGAGACACCACAACUGGUUCUUACAGAGAUUGAUGAACAGUAUCAACACCAACAACAUCAGUCGCGUGGAUACAUGAGUUCCCUGCAGGCACAAGCCGCUACUGAGACACCAACGCUCUCUCUGUUGCCACCUGUGGUGAGGGACACAACAUCAACAACAGCAGCAACAGCAACAACUACACUUAAUACCACUACUACUACUACUACUGCUACUACUACUAAUACUACUAGUACUGCUGUGGGAGGAGGAGGAGGAGGAGGUGGAGGAAAAGGAGGAAAAGGAUUAUCCUCAAGGCAUGAGAAUCCUUUACAUGCCUCUAAAGGUGCCCCAGUAAUUACAAAUAUUCAACCGCGUCCACCAAUUCCUGCUAUUGCGUCAAGGGAAUCUACAAGACUACCGGAAGUGCAGCGGCAACAACUACUACGUCGAUACCGUGAAAAGGCAUUGUUGUUUCGUGAAAUUAAUUCCAGUUCAGCAAGUAAGGCUGCAGAUCGUGCACGGGAAGAAUUAAUGCUUCUAGAGAAAAGCAUGAAAAAUCAGAAAAAAACUGCAAUAUUGGAGACAAUAUUAGAGAAAAAAGAAACUCCUGCUGCUCGUAAAGAAAUAAAAGAAUCUGCUGAUACAAUAGAGAUGAAUGCUGAUACAGAUACUCUCUCAUUAACACCACCAAAUCAAGAGCAGGAACAAGAACAAGAACAUCAACAAACAGAUAGUAAAGAAGGGAAAAGUAAAGACUCGGAUACGGAUUCCCCUAAUGGUAUGGAGAAUGAUACAGAAAAACCGUUUGGACAAACAGAUGGUGAUACAGGCGACGAUACCCCUGGAGAGAAUAUAACAUUUGGAGUUGUAGAUGCAGAAGCACGCCCUCGGGAGUUUAGAACAUCAAUCAACGGAGAGCCAUUUACAACAGAUAGCAGUAACUUGAUGGAAACUGCCGAUAAUGAUGAAAAUGAUGGUGAUAAUGAUGAUAUCCCUCUGGGAUUACUGCAAGUAAGUCCUCAGUGGAUGGCGCUUGAUAGUAGUGAACAGUUCCAAAGACUUUUUAACACUGGAUGCCGUUCUUACGUAAAGCAUGACUUUGAUACAGCGUACACUGCGUGGAAUGAGGCAAUGAGUAUUGCUGUGAAGAAAAAGAAUCGUGAAUGGAUGGCGGUAUUAACGAAUAACUUACAACGUCUUAGCUAUGAAAUGCUUGUACGUGAGGGUGUAGAUCAUCUCGAACACGAUAGACUUGAGGAAGCUGAUACUUCCUUUCAACGGGCAAUGGAAGUAGCACAAAAAUCACAUAAUGCUAAAUGGGAGGCGGAUAUGCAUAAAGCCCGUAAAGAUGUACAACAUGCCGUGUUCCGUCGUUGUCAUGAGUCGGCACUGCGAUUGUUUGAACAGGCAAAACAUCAACCACUACACAGAGUAACAGAUGAUGAUUACUUUAUUCUUCCUGGAACCGAUUUGUUGGUUCAGCACACAGAGGCGUAUGUAAAUGAGUGGCCACGAUUACUGCUUGUGAAGGAGGCAGUUGAAACAUGGGCGGCAUCCCGUCGUGUCCUGCAGCAUAUUGGUGGAAGUGCAAGUCGUGAACUUGAGAAUAUCGUCACUCAGUCACUUGAUGAUGUUACCUGUUUUCUCGCCCGGCGUUGCUUUGAUACGGAGGACACACUCUCAUUAUCUUGGAUGCGUACAUCCCGCUAUAGCUAUCACGAGUGUAUUAUGCUCUGUACAUUAUGGACCGAUAUGGCCUCAUGUGAUAAGUUCUCAGAACAUCAUAAACUCUUUGCAGCCCUCGCCGCAGCGCAGAUUGGCAAUUUUUAUCUUGCCACGAAUCAACUCACGCACGCACAGACACAAUUCGAUACACUUGAAUCACUUGCCGUAGAACUUGGUGAUCCUUUAUUGCGUGCAUCGGGGCAUACAUUCAGUGCUUUGGUUAAUUGGCAACGUGCACGCUAUGCAGUGGCGGAAUCCUUGUUGCGUGCGGCGUUAUUGGAAUGGGGGGCAUUAUGUGAAGUGGAAUUUGUUCAACAUUCUCAUUUAAAUGAGAGUGAAAUGAGCAGUAACAGUAAGAGUGGAAGAGGAAAUACCAACAGUGAUUCUACUGGUAAUAGUGGUGGUAAAAGAAACAGCAAUGUUAGUAAUUCUGGUACCGUAUGUAGUUCAAAAUUAAUGGGAUCUGUUCCAAGAGAUUAUAUAGGUUUAAUGGAGUCGAUAAGUUAUAAGUAUCUUGUAUCAAGUAUUGCAAGUACAUAUCGCUAUCGUGAGGCCCUUGAAGUACUAGAGCGAAGUUUGGUAUGUAAGUAUCGCGAUCUACUAUUUGAAAAAUUAAAGGUAAACUUUACAGCUCAACCUACACUUGAUCAUAUCGUGGCUACUUCUUCGCAAAUACGUUCUCCAUUUAUUUAUCAACUUGUAACACAACGGUAUGAAUGGUCAGCUGAAGAACGGUGUUUUGUAGUAGAUGAGAAAUUACUCAUGUGGGUAGUACCACAAGGUAAUGAGAUGCGAUUUGUUGAAGUUGGUGUUACCAAAGACUUUAAAGUACCUUCUAUUAACAGUCUUGUAGAAGUGGUACGCCGUGAGUUAUUGCUCGAUCCAUUCUCCAGUUCCAAUAGCGGCGGCGGCGGCGGCAAUAAUAAUAAUAAUAAUAAUAAUAAUAAUAAUAAUAAUAAUAAUAAUAAUAAUAAUAAUAAUAAUAAUAAUAAUAUCAAGAUUAACACCAAUACUACUACGACUACUGGGUCUGGUACUACGACUACUGGGACUGGUACUACUCCCACUGCUACUACUACUACUACUACUACUACUACAACUACCAAUAAUAAUAAUAACAAUAAUAAUAAUGUGGCGGAAGAUAUUAUUAUGACUUUUCCGAAACGUUCAUGGGUGGAGCCAUUGCAGACACUUUACGCUAUUUUUGUGGACCCCGUUGUGGAGUUCCUUCGUGCACUUGAUCCGCUCUUUCUCAGUAAGAAUGGUGUUAUUACGCUUAUUCCCACAGAAAGACUUUGGCUAGUUCCCUUUAAUGCCCUUAUUGCCCGCAAUGGGAACUUCCUCGUUGAGGACUUUGCCGUUCAACUCGCCUUCUGCGCCACACAAUGCGCCUUUUCCGCGCUUAGUGUACGCCGUGUGCUGCAGCGUGAUCUUCACAGAGAUGUUGUACUUGUGCAGCGAGAGGCGGAGACGCCGGCGAUGCAUUUACUCGCCCACGUGUUGUUUCCAUUCGACGCGCUGCGGUCCACACGCGAAGGCACCGCCGUUGUGCGAACACUCGCCGAACACAAACGGCACACCGAUGAGUCGAGAGGCACCACAACUUCCGAAAUCCUCAUUGAUGAUCUCAACGCCCUGCGGGAGUUACUGCCAAAGAGUCGAAUGGUGCACAUCGCGGCCUCCACAACAAGCGGCACCUGCAAUGAUGAUGGCAGUGCGGGGGCUAUUUGCAUUGCGGCAUCACGAGAAGAAAUCGCGUUACUGCGGGCAUCUGAGAUUGCACGGAUGGAACUCUUUGCGGAGCUUGUGGUGAUGAGCAACACCAACAUGUCCACCUCUCGCGUGGUGGGCACACACGAUGAUGUGCAGGGACUUAUCCGCGGAUUUCUCUCCGGUGGAGUGCCGUGUGUGAUUGUGGGCCAGUGGUGCACGCCCGACAUGGUGCCCUCUGAUCUCUUCUCGAAGUUCUAUCAAAUACUCGCAGAGGCCCACAAGAAACAACAACGGCCGCCUUCCACAAACAGCUCCACACAAGCCACCACCACCGCCGCCACCGUAACGGCACCAAUGAAUCCUUCCAACAGUGAAGAUGAGGCGGGUGCACAUGAAUCAGCAGAUCUGCAUCGACACAAGGCAUUAGUUCUCGCCUGGGCUAUUCGUGCAUUAUUAGAAGAAAGCUUUUUCCGCUUUUCUCCACGUGCCUGGGCGGGUUACUGUUGCGUUGGUUAUGGAUCGUAUCAGUAA